UUCCGACGCCAAAUGUGGGUCAAUUGUGAGAGUGGAAAUGGUCAAGUUGUGAAAAUUAUUUUUCAGAAUUUGACCAUUUCAUGGAAGAGUUUGAGUUAAUAGAAAGGUGGAAAUAUGGCGCAAAAGUUGAAGUUGCAUAGUCCAGUUGGAGCAGAGCCCUUAAUAUUAAAAUGGCCCGUUGCAACUUCGGAAGGUAAAGAAGGACCAGAGGAAAUAGUGGACACGAUAAGGUUGGUUUGUGAGGAUUUUCCUGAGCUAAAAAUACCAUUAGACACAAGAAUACUUAAGGAAAAUGACGACAUUGCCAGUUAUGAUUUUGAACAAACAAGAAGUUUGUGUGACCGAUACAACAAAGCUGUUGACGGUAUACGUCAGCUUGUCAAAGGAUCACAAAAACAAAAACAAUUCAAUAAACAGCCAAGCAUGAAACAGUUGAAACAUAUAUUGCAGCAAUGCUACAAUCACUCUGUUACAGAUCCAGAAAAGCUAAAUCAUUAUGAGCCUUUUUCACCAGAGGUAUAUGGUGAAACAAGCUUUGAAUUGGUUGAACAGAUGAUCAAGUCAAUCAAGUUCACAGAAAAUGACUAUUUUAUUGAUCUUGGCAGUGGUGUUGGUCAAGUUGUACUGCAGGUAUCUGCUGCCACUAACUGUAAGUUUUGUUAUGGUGUUGAGAAAGCGGAAUGGCCUGCAGAAUAUGCCAUAGGAAUGGAAAGAGAGUUUCGUAGAUGGAUGAAAUGGUAUGGUAAAGAACAUCAAGAGUUUUUAAUUGAAAAAGGUGAUUUUUUACAAGAUGAUGUAAAGGAGAAGCUAAAUAAAGCCACGGUUGUAUUUGUUAACAACUUUGCAUUUGGACCUGUUGUGGACCAUGAGUUGAAACAAAGAUUUGCCAAUUGCCUAAAGGAAGGAGCAAGAAUUGUUUCAUCUAAAGCUUUUUGUCCAUUAAACUUUAGGAUUACUGAAAGAAAUUUAAGUGAUAUUGGAACUAUAAUGCAAGUUGAAGAAUUAUCACCUCUUUGUGGUGCAGUUUCGUGGACUGGAAAACCCUUUGCUUACUAUGUGCACACCAUAGACAGGACAUUGCUAGAAAAGUACUUCCAAAGGUUGAAAAAUCCUGCUAAAAGAGAUGAAUUAGAACCAAGAAAAGACAGAAAGGGAAGACCAGUUUUAUCAAUUAAAGAUAAAAUCAAUGGAGCACUCUCAGCAGGAUCUGAUUCUAACUCCACUGGCCGUGGUAGGCGUGCACGUGGAAAUCAACGUGAAGUUGACUCUGUGUCUCCACUCUCAGCUGCCAAAAUGUUAGAUUUUGAUAGUGGGUCCAACUCCAGCUUUACCAACUCCAGUUUUAUUCCUUCUAAUGCUGUAACACCAGAGGAUACUGGAGUGGUGUAUGGACCUACAACUCGCAGGCAGUGGAAUGAAUAUGUCAAGAAACCUUUGUCCCAGUCUGGGACAGAGAAUGAUAAUGAUAGCUCCACAGCAGAUGUGGUGCAGGAUGUUAAAUCAAAAGAGAUCUCUAAACAAAUCAAGAAGAAGAAAAUGAAAACUGUUAAGCGGUUAAAUAAUGGAGCCCUAGGCAAGCGUCAAAUGCAAGUUGGUAAAAAAGCUGAAGAGCCAGUUUCCCCUGUUAAAUCAAAGGCAGCAGUAAAACUCCGUCCCAGGCUGAAACAAAAUACAGAACCAAAGAAAGCCAAUGGAAUAUCUUCUUCAGCAACACCCACUGUUACUACCACAACGCACACUGUUUCUGGCAACCCAUUGGGUCAUUCUACCGGAACUUCAUUACCACCUUCUCUUGAUAGUUUAAAUUUACUGCAUGCACAUACAAUCAUGUCCACCUCAGGCAAAGAUAAUGAUGAAAAAAUAAGCUAUAAUGAUCGCAGAAUGACUGAACCAUCUAGUGCUUAUUUCAAACCUACUAUUCAAAAGCAAACAGUUUCAAUGUUAGAAAAACAAGCAGGUUUUUUACAGAUGAUAGAAAAUAUGAAGCAACGUUUCUUGUCAUUCUUGACAUUUAUGCAGACACCACAGUAUAGAUCAAUGUUAAUGCUGCAAAUAGAACAGGAAAAGCUGAAAAAUUCAGAGCUGCUCACAAAGACUGAUGCAUUAGAAAAAGACAUAUCACUUUUGCAAAAAGAUGGUGUUCGGCUUAUAAAAGAUCGCCUGAAAGAGAUGGGUAUUAAAGCGGAGUCUCCGCAAGAACUUAUCAAUCAGGCUAAAGACAUUGUUUUUCGUCAUCGUGAACUUAAAUCAGAGACUGCCUCUUUAGGGGCACAGAUAAAUGCUCUUCAAGCUGAACAAAAUGAAAAGAUUACUGCAUACCGCAAUGUUUAUGACUCAGCAGCUUACACAAAGCAGUCAAAAAAUGGAUUUUCUGGUCAUUCUAUUCUUUCAUCUGAAAAAUACCAAGCUGACCAGCACAAACUUUUGGCUGAUGUUGACCGCUUGCAUUUGGAACUUAAACAUUUACAAGAUGUUAACAAAAUGUAUACAACUAAAUCAGAACUGGGCAACCCACUCAAUGGUUCUGAAUUCGGCAAAAAUAUUGAAGACAAACAAAUGAGCUGCGCACAAAACAAGACAGCUGUUCAGUCAGUAAUAUUAAAAGAAAAACUGGACAUGAAAGAAAAUUAUGAUACAUUUGGUGAAGUUUUGACCACCUUAAAAAAGGAAUUCUCUGAAGCCUUACAGAAUAGUGGUACUAAAGCUCCUUCAUUGGAUGGAUUAAACACUGAUGUCAGCAAGAAAAGUGAAUUGAAUCUAAAAGCUUUAGAAAGCAGCAAUAAAGAAUCACCUGUAUUUGGAAAUGUUGAUUAUAAACAAAUGAAUGGAUUAAGAGAAAAUAAAGAUGUAAAAAUUAAUACUUGUAAUAAUCAGCAAUUCAAGGCACCUGAAAUAACUAUAAAAGAAGCUCUUGAAAGAACGAAGAUGCCAUUGACUUCAUCAUCCUGGACAUCUGAAGUGAAAGAAGAAGGUCUUGUGUCUGUAACCUCUCCUCGUAUACUUCCUCCUGGCACUAAAAUAGAUAUCAAGAAACCUCCCAGAUGCAGCGGAGUAAAAAGUCUACUUAGAGGAAAAAUUAAUCAUUCUAGUUCAUUUACUCUGUUACAAAAUACUGAUCUUCGUAGCAGUUUACCUAGCAAUCUGUCAUCUACCUCUGUUGUAUAUACGGAAAGUGAAAAAUCUGCUGCAGAAGAUUUGAUAUCAUUAAAGGAAGGUAUUGGUAGUCCUGGCAAAGAUAUACAAACAUUUAUAAGGUAUGAUCCCAGUUCUACAGUAAAUAAACUUUAUUCCCAAAGUGACUCUAGGCCAGCUAUAUUAGUCCACCAGAAAGCUCAGAAAGGCAGCAGUAAUCGUGGCAGCAGAAAUACUUUAACUGGUGCAAUAACUCCUUCCACAAGUGAAGGAAUUGCUCAAGCUUCUAUAGCUAAUCCCAGUCACUAUCUUGGCAGCACUAUCUUAUCAUCAGACCCUAAUAGACAGCUCUCAAGUACAGCUGAUAAAACAGUUGGUGUAAAUGUUAUAUGUAGCCUACCAUUAAAUGGACUUUUAAAGCACAAAAGUUCAGAGGUCCCAGCUAAUCCUCCGACCAAGGUUAGAAAUAUAGAAUGUAGGAAUGAUGUAAAAAUUUCAACAUUGGCUUCACUUCAACAGUCCCAUCCAAUUCGUUCACCCCAACCUGGACACAACCCCAACUCAAGUUUGGCACAAAUGUUAACAACCAACUCGGACCGUCUCUCAUCAAACUCAUCCAUUCACCCAUCAACUGUAAAUAUAGGUCACAUUAUCAACAACAAUAACAAUGGGAAGACCACUGCUUCUCUUCCCUUUGUGACCAUCCAGCAUCCUCACACUGUGCCAAUAAGUCCUGCCUGUAAUGGGACCCAACCAUCACUCAUCAAAAUAUUACAGCAACAGCCUUUACUUCUACCAUCCAAACCUGGAACAGUUUUGAAUGGCAAUUGCAGUUCAAAUAGCAAUGGAGUUAUAUCACUUGGCCAAGGUGCACUGGGGCACACAGAAACACUGGGGCAUGCAGUCAAAUUAUUACCUUCUGGAGUUGUGGAUGGAAAAGGUUGUUUGCAAUCACCACAGUGUAGCUCCCUAGUGGUGUCUGAUUUGGAUGGUCUUGUUGAUGUUGUUUUAACAGAGUUCAAGCAUUCACACAAGACUAGUAAAAAACGAAAAAUAUCUAAGACAUCUAUGCAAAAAUAUGCUUUGGACCAUUCUAUUUCUAGCUUUGUGAAUGAUUUGGAAACAAAUGCAGUGACUGAUCGCAGGCAGACUAGACAACUAUCUGCUAAACUUUUGCAUACUUUGUAUAAAGAACCAGCCCUAAAAAGAGCAAAGCAUUUCAGUUUGUGCGAGCAGAGAUCAGAGCUUGCAGCACUUGUUAGUGAUUAUUCUUUUGUAGAUGGUAAUCUUGUAAACAAGGAAGAAUGGGAUAGAUUGGAAGACAAGUGUAAAAAAAGUUUGUCUGUGAUUUUGAAGCGUGAAGCUCUGCUGGAAAAAUGGGCAGGAUCUUGUACAGAUCUUCAGAAAUCUUCACUAACUUAUGAACAUUGUUGUGCUGACAGUGUAGAAAGGAGCAAUCUUCAUCAGACAUUUUCAGCUGUCAAAGAAAUCAAUGACCCUAAAAUAAGUGAUACAUUAGAAAGAAACAGUUUCCUUAAAAAUGUACAGAGUUUGCCUCUGAAGAUAUCUGACUAUAUCCAUGUACCCAGCUCUUCAUUUAGCAGACAUGAAUUUGCAGAAAAGAAAAUUUCUAAUCAGCACAAUUUGAAUGUAAAGGCACAAGAAUAUAAAUAUGCUGAUAAAGUAAAAUGCAAAAGUGAAACUGUUAGGUCAAAUAGCAUGUCAAAAAAUGUGCAUGCUUUUAAAAGCAGUAAAGAUUCACUUAAACACAAACAUAGGAGAGAUAAUAGAAUGUCAACUCAGGAGAAACCAAAAAGACAUCAAAAUCUUGAUAAAAUAGAAAUACUAAAUAAAAAAAUAAAAGUUCAUUCAUCCAGUGCUCGUGACCAUAAAUCUAGAGUGUCUGGUCGACUGUCUUUUUCAUCUUUAAAAGUAGCACCUACUCUUGAUAAUGAAAUUUGUUCAAGAAGUGAAAAACUAAAUUUAUCUGGGGGGAAAAGCAGCCCCAAAAGAAAAUGUAGUGAACAUGAAUCAAUAUUAAAAAGCAGGGAAAGAAAAAAAUCAUCAAAGAAACACUCUGAUAAGAAACAUGAUAGUCAAAGCAAAUCACAUACAUCAAAGGAAGUCUUAGUGUCAUCCUACAGGAAUAGCAGUCAUCAACAUUUACUGAAGGAUGAAAAAUCUGAGGCCAGACACACAUCUAAGGAAAAGAAAUUAAGUUUGUCAAGAGAAUUAUCACCAGGACCGCCUGUACUGGAGAGGGCUAUAUCCCCAAUUUUAAAAUCACACAAAAAGGACAGUUUUGAAAAAACAACCAACUGCUCAAAUAAUAAGACUAAAAAUGCAACAGUUAACUCAUCAACACAAAAGUUAGAUAAAAAGAACUUUGACAAGGGUGACAACUCAAGCAGAACAUGUAGAUCAGAAACCAGAACACAAAAACUAAAUUUGAGAAACACUUCAAAAUCAAGUGUGAAAUUGGAACAUACAGAUUUAUCUAAACUACCUUUACAAACAGCUUCCCAUCAUCUAAGUAGAAAAAGAGUUCAUGAAAUUGAGAAAAAACCCACGCGGCCAUUUACACUGGAUUUAAAAUCAAGCAGAAUGAAUUCUAACAAGAGAGCUCAGGUAGAAAAUAGACUGUCUGAUAAAAAUGGCUUAAAUUUUAACAAUUGUGAUGAUACUAAUUCUAGUUGUAAAAUAGAAAAUAAAAGCCAGACUGCAGAGGCGGUUAAAGUGGACACUGAACAGUUAAAUGAAGCAGAAAAAAAUGAGCUUUUACAACAUUCUCUGUCGAUUGCAUCUAAUUUGGAUAAUCUUGAUAGUCUACUGACUCCCAGAUCAAUGUCACAGAAUGGUCAAAUUGAUGAUGAUACUGAUAAUGCUGAAAUGAUGACAUCUAGUUCUGAGAGUGAAUCAUCACUAAAAAGCAUAGAUUUCAAGUCAGCUCCUGGAACUCUGAUUGCCCUAGACAAUAAAGUAGAAACCCAGUUGCAGAAAGAAAUUGCAUCCUUUCCUUUACCACCCACACCACAACCUACCCCAGUAUUCCAUUCUUUACCAGAUUCUCCACUCUCAGAUCCUGCAUUAACUGAUGAACCAAAAAUAACUGUUGAUGAUAAUUGUCCACCAUCCCUAAUUGAUAUGACUGGAAUAAAGGGACCACAUACACCCCCAGGUUCCCCUUUGUUCACUCAUCAGAGUCGCUCCAGGUCAGCAAGCAAUAGCAGUUCUUCAUCAUCAAGAGGUUCCAGUUGUGAUUCAUGUCACUCUAGCAGUAGUAGCAGUACAUGCUCGGACAGCAGCUCUGAAAAAGAAGAGGAGCAUAGAAAAGAGAAAAAAACACCACCUAGAAAACUAUCUACAUUACAUCCCCCAACAAGCCUGAAUAUUUGUUCUCCUGUUCCAUCCGUGCAGUAUUCUCCUAUGCCUAGUCCAAACCUAAAUGGCUUGAAUUAUGGUCUUAGGAAUACUGGUCCAACUGCAUUUUCAAAUCAUAAACUGGGAGGAUCAACUGCACUUUCACCUUUGUCUAUAUCAACACAAGCUCAUGGUUAUCAAAUGGUCACAAGUGAUCACUCACGUAGUCCAAAUGGAAUAAGAAGUCCUCUUCAAAACCAGCUAACCAUCUUAUCACCAUCUUCCAUGGUUAAGACUACCACUUCAGGACCCGUUAAAAGUUAUAUGUAUUCUAAAAGUUCAGUUGAGUCACCAACUUUUAUAGACUCUGAGAAAAUUGAACUUGCAAGUGCAACUGAGAAAGUAUUUACCAAACAGUUGGAAGAAAGGAACUUAUCAAGAGACUCCAAAGAAAUAAAUAAAAAAAUCCUGCACAAGACAUCUGAUGAAACUGUAGUUAGGAAUACACACCUUAUUGUUAAAUCAGCUAAAAUGGAUGAUUUUAGGGAUACCAUAAAAGACUACAAUGCUAACAACACAUCUUAUAUAUCCCCUGACUCAGAAGAAUAUUCUUCUAUUUCUCAUACACCAACUGUACAAGAGAAUCACAUUUCAAAAAAAAAUAAUUUGAACAUAAUUAGUUCUGACAAUACCUGUUAUGAAGAUUCCAAAAGAUCACUUUAUCCAAAUCAUGAUACUGGUGCAACUAAUCUGGAAAGCCCCUCAAAUAAAGAUUGCUAUUCAAGGACUUUUCAUAAUUCAGCUGUGAUGCCUGAAGUGCCAUCAUUUCCACCUGUUAGUCAUUUUACUUCAGGUAGCAAAGAUAGGUGUCUCCUACCAACAGGACAGAUAGAUGAAAAAAAAGCCAGUAGUUGUAUGGAGCAAGAGCAACUACCUUGUUUAACAUCAUCAGAUGGAUAUAUAUUGGAUUUGCAAGAACCACAAGCUAAAUCUACUAAACCUUUGCAAAACCUAGGCCCUCUGAUGGGACCUAGAUCAUCUGUGCUCUUGACAAAUGAAACCACUCCACCUGCAAAACCAAACCAUCCAUCAACUUUUAGAUCUUAUGGGUUUCGUCUAGGCAGUCCUCACUGGGGUUAUAACUGUCAGCCUCCAAAAGCUCAAAGUGGCCAGUUGCGCUUCAGUAAACCCAAAUAUUCUAUGCACCAGUUCUUUCCUCUACCAGGAUUUAGAGAUAUGGGAGGUCAUAAUUUUCUAGACCAAACACAUUCACCAAAUGGGGCUGUGGACCACUCAUUUGGGGCAGGUCAGUGGGAGCAGCAUCCCCCACCUUUAUUUCGCAUGGGUGUAGGAUCUGCUGGUGGUUCAGGGCGCACUUAUCAGCAACACCGGCAUUAUUAUCGCAACAAAAAUCACCAUCCUCAUCAAUAAAGGACUUGCGAUGGAUUGUUGUUAUGCCCAAACAGACAAGAAAUGGCCAAAUAACUGUGAGCAACACUGUGAAUAAUCCUCAUUAAACUCAUUACUCUCACUAAUCAAUUUAACUGUCCCUGCCAUAAGUUAUUGCAUAAGCUAUAAGAGUAUAUUCUUCUUAUCUAAAAAAUCAUGUAGCAAUAAACAUUAGAUUGUAAAAAAAAUUAUGUGCACAACACAUACCACUAAAACAUUGUAAAUAUAUUUUUUUCUCGUUAAAAUCUUUUGAAAAGUUUGGCUUACAUACUAAUAAUCAAUUUGUUAACAGUUUCUUUAGUAUUUAUGUGAACCAAUGUUUUUUUUCUAACACUUUAACUUAACAAAGAAGAAAUUGGCCAGGUAUUUUUAGUGUGAAUAUCAGAGGUACAUAGACUAGUUUUUCUGUUUCUAAGGACUCCCUGUGAUUGCCUCAGAUGUAGUAAAAAGAACUAAAUGCCCAUGCUAUGUAUUUGUUAAUAAACUCUUUUCAAAACUAUUUUUAAGAAUUUUAAAACAGCCAGUUUAAAAAAUUGUUUCAAACGAAUAGAUUUUGUGUAUAUUAUAUUAUUUUUUAACUGAAAUGUAAAAACAUGUAAAAAAUGCUUUAUUUUAAUUUUCCAGUGACAUGAGCAGCUUAAUGUAACUUUUUCAACUGUUGUAAUUUAAUCACCAAUUACUCACUUAUUGUGUUGCAAGUAUUGAUUAUCUUUGACCUAAAAAUUUUAAGUCUUUGAUAUAUUGUUUUUUGUUUUUUUAUGAGCUAAAAAGUAAAUUUUAAACAAAUACAUUUUUAAUUCAGUUUUUAUAUACCUUCAUUAAAUGUUUUUGAAAAUUCAUAAUUUUUUAAAUUGCAUUAAAAAUCAAAAUUUUGUAUUAAAGGCUUUUUAUCCAUUUCAUUUUAAAUAUAUUUUCACAGUUAGUGUCGUUUUUUAAAGUUCCAUAGAAUUCUAUUAUUACUAGUCUAGUUCAAUAAUACAUUAAAAUGUCUAACCCAGUAAGGUUUUAAAGCCUGACUUUCCAGUGUAAAUAAUACUCUUAUUUAUUUUCCAAUAUUUAAACAUUCUGAACCUUUUUUGUUGCACAAGCUGAUCAUAGUUCAUUUAAUUCUAGAUUUAGUAUGUUUAUAAAUGAAAUGAAUAGGUUUUUAAAAAAAUAAAAAACUUUUGUAUUUUUUUUUACUCAAAAUUAUUUUAAAUCUUCAAUAUAGAAGGUUUCAUGUAAAUAUGGUCAUUAAAACAUGUGUGGACUCUAUUAGAAUACCACCAUGUUAUUGCACUUGCUUAUCCAUCCCAUUUGCUGUUACAGUACAGUACCUAUUGAUAGUUCACUUUGGAGUUUUACUUUGUAGGUUUGUAAAUAUUUUUAUUAAUCUAUGUAUAUACAACUGGAUUUGUUUUAAUACAGUACUGAUUUUACUGUCCCACUGGCACUUUAAAAUUUUUAAGUGAUUGGUAUUGCUGGACCUUAAAAGAAAUUUAACAAAUGUUUUGGCUUUUAAGAAAGGACUGGGACAAUUGGUUGUAUAAAGGUGUUAUCUCCCUACUUCUGUGGUGUAAGACAGCAUUAUUCUGGUGUUGAGAAAGAAAGCUGUAGGUAUAGCUUGGUUGUUGGAAUGGCAAGAUUUUAAUAAUAGCCUGUGAUAAACAAAACACCAUUGUAAUGUGGUAUUGUGUAUAGAAAUAGAGAUAUUGGACUUGUCCCAUGUGAACGCAGACAAAAAGCUUAAUUGUUAAUAUUUAAUUAGAAAAAUAUAAAGAAAAAUCUAUAUAUGAAAAGUUUUGUAAAUAUUUUCAGAUCAAAUUUAUACUGAUCUUAAUUCAUUUUAGUUACAAUUAACUGGCCCAAAAUGCCCUUUUGUCUUUUUCUGUUCAAGAGCUAUGUGUUGUGUUAAUAUCGACAGUUGCUUGCAGAUUUCUACUGUGCUUAACCUUUGUUGCUUUAGUUUGCUUCUGUUGUAAUUAUGUAUUUUAUACAUUAGAUUAUCAGGGAUGUGUUGUAAGAAUAUUUAUAGUUUUGAAAGGCUUUUUUAAAUGAUCAAGUCAUUAACACAAGUUGUGGUUGUUAUGGUUUUGCUUUCCCUAGAAUCAUUAUAAGAACAUGAAUACAACAACUAAUAAUGGCAUCAUAUUGUUUGCCAAUUUUAAUAGAAAAAGGUUUUUACUACCUUAUGGUGUGUAGAGCAGGAGAGGACAAGAAUGAUAUCUUGUUUUAAAGAGAAGAGGGUUAGACUAUAUAACUAGCCUAAUCAUGUCCUCCGAUUACAGCAUACUAUAUUGCCUUAAGUAUCUGAGAAAACCAGCAUUGAUAUUUUUUUAUCACAAUCAUAAGGACAUCAUCAUUCAACUUCACGCAAUGCAAUUAGAAUAAAAAAUUAAUGCACAGCUCAUUUUCAAGAGCGAAUGCAUAUGUCGAUUCUUUGCUGAAGAAUCUAUAGAUGACAGUGUCGAGUGUGUACAGAAAACCAUACAGAGUGAAUUGCUGAUCUACCUCAACAUUUUGAUUCAGUCAGAUCAUGCACAUUGAACCAUUGUGUCAGAGCAUUGUAAAAAUACAAUCUAUGGCAUCUACACUGUACCUGGCAUAGAUGAUUUGGUUUUAGGCAACAUUACACAAGUAUAUAUGAGUCAUAACUUUCUGUGAGUUUAACAUGCACAAAGCCACCAAGUAUUCUUGAUGGAACUGGGAAAAGGAAUCCCAUUACUUUAGUUUCUAAGCUUUUAAAAUCAAUAAGUUUUUUAAACAUUUUAUUGCAGUUUAGCAAAAUGGUUUCUAAAGAUUUUGUAGCUGGUACAGAAUAACUAAAACUGAAAUUCCAAGCACUUGAAUUUUCAAUGUAAUUAUUUUUCUGUACUAUUAAUGUUGACAAAAAUGUAAUAAAUGGGAUUUUCUUAUUUUUUUUUGUGGUGGCUAGCUGUAUGUUUUAAUGUUAAAAAUAAUAAACUUUUCAUUAUACA